AUGUUCUUUUUCUCCCUUCUGGCCCUAUUGGGCCCUUCACUGUGCCAGGCCGCCUGCCCCUACGCGCAUCUAGCAGAUGCAAGCCUCAAGCCUCGCUCUGAUGCCGUGCUCCCUCGUACUGUGCCGGGAAAGAAAGGCAUCAUGUUGAUGAACCGUAUCAAUCCCUCCUCAUCCAAACUGUACAUUGCCAAUGCAGAUGGCACAAAUGAACGCUCCUUGCUGGGCAAUGCCUCCAACUACGAAUACCAUGCCUCCUUCCAUCCAGACGGUAAGCACGUCGUCUUCACCACUGAACGUAACGGCGAUGGCAACUCCGAUAUCUAUAUGGUCAACGUGAACGGCAGCGGUCUGACACCAAUCGCAACCACACCCUCGGUCGAAGAUGCGGCAGUUAUAUCUCCCAAUGGCAAGUACGCUGCCUACGCCUCCACGGCCGGCGUCUACACCUCCAACAUUUGGCUCAAGAACCUCGGGACCGGCGUUACCCGCAACCUCACCAACCAGACUGGUGUGACGGGCAAGCCUGAGUCGCCAAGCGGAUUCUUUGCGCCUGCCUGGUCGCCUGAUGGAGAAUGGAUCGUUUUUUCCUCUGAUCGAAACACCGCGUGGACCGGUCAUGACAAUGGCACUGGCUGGGAGCAUACUCAAGAGCUGGCUAUCUAUGCCAUCACCCCCAAGGGAACUGGCUUCCGCGAGGUGUACAGCAAGGCGAAUUACACUUACGGGUCGCCGAGAUUCUCCCCCGAUGGCAAGCGAGUUGUAUUCUACGAGAUGACGGUGCAAACAACUUGGGAUGCGCGUUCGUCGUUCACCGUCAACUCCACAACCAACCAAAUCGUUUCUGUGGACUUCGAAACAGGAACCGAUUUUGUCCAACAUACCAAUACCUCCGGUGUCAAGAUUUUCCCGCAGUAUGUCUCGAACACUGACAUCGGAUACUUGCUCAAAGGCGGAGACGACGGCGGUAUUCACUACACUUCCAGUGCAAAGAAGAUUCUCGGAGGUAUGCGCUCACCUGCCUGGUCUGCUGACGGCAAACAUGUGGUCUACGAGAAGACUGGCUGGGAGAUCCGGCCAUUGCAAAAGGAGCUGUGGUCCUGGGACCCGGAGUGGGAUUACCACUUCAUGGACGUCUUCCCCGAUCUCUCUCUUGAUGGGCAAUUGACCUUCACCUCCAAGCAAACGGGUAGCCCCGGCAAUUCUUCUAUAGCCGUAAUGCCCCCGGGCGACACCAAAUUCACCUUGGCGUUUGAUACCUACGAAACCGGCGCGCUUGACGAAGCCACCGUUUCCAGCGGUGAAGGUGGGUCCUUCCAGCCAUCCUGGUCGUCUGAUAGUGAAUGGAUCACCUUCGGUCUAGGAUGGUGGUUCCAAAGCCGCGCCGAUGAGCCCGGCUGGAUCUUCCGGGCCAAGUCCGAUGGAUCGAGCUAUGAGCAACUCACCUUCGGCAACUCCUCCAAUAAGGGAUUCCCCAGCUUCUCGCCCGACGGAAAGAAGAUCGUGUACCGCGAAUACCUGCCUGAGUUCGGCCUGCGUUUGCUAGACCUAAACUCUAACGAGACCACCACUCUGACGACAGAGCGUGAUAAUCUGCCAUUCUUCUCGCCGUCCGGCGAGUGGGUUCUGUUUACGCGCAAUAUGACCGACCUGUCGAAGAACGAGUUCUCAAAUUAUGAAGUGUGCAUUAUUCGUCCUAAUGGGACAGAUUUGACUGUGCUCACUACAUCGUUUGCUAACGAUGCCCACGCUGUCUGGACUGCUGAUGGCCGCAUUAUGUGGUCCACUGGAAUGUGGGGAUUCCAGGCUGAAGCUGCGACUUACGAUGAUACCUUCCAGCCUUACGGCCAGAUUAUGGUUAUGGAUGCUGAUGGCUCGAACAAAACGGUCCUCACUGAUAGCAUGUGGGAGGAUUCGAUGCCGCGUUAUGUACCUAAUAAGUUUUUGACGCAGUGA